AUGCAUCUCGUGUUCCUCUUGUUGACAAGCCUCUGCAGGAGCAUCGUCGCUCUCCCAGCUCUCGACACCGCUGCCUCCAGUCGAGACGUCGAGUCGAGUCUAGCUUGUCCUGAGACCCUACCACCACUCCCUGGCUUUGACUAUCCUCACCUGAUGAUCCCAAUCUCGUCAAGUCAUCCCGAUAAGGCCUAUCCGAAUACACUUACACCGAAUAUCAGCGCCAAUGAUAUGUCUGUCAUUUUCAAUUUUGAUGUUCCAGAGGAACGUUCGGGCCAGAUGUGCACAUGGCAAUUUCUGUUCCCUCAACAGAAUCAACUCAGCACCUCUUACUUCAAAUUGAUCGGGUUUGGCACGUUCCAUUUCUCGCUUUCAGCCCUCGGGAACGGGGCGAUUGCCGGUACCACCACGUUCAACCACCAACCGCUUCAAGCAAAUCCACACGGGUUUCCCUGUUCAGUGAGCAUGCAGCCGGGCAAUGCUUACACCGUCGGCUCGUCGCUGUGUGUACCAGGCUUGAUUAGCUUGACCAUGAGCAGCACUGACAGCCAUCUGGAGUGGUUUGAAGAUUUCAAUCCCUGUCCGAUAGGCCUGUACAUGACUUAUUCUCCAGCCUAG